UCGUCAGAUAAAUUAUUUUUCACCAUAAUAAAAACUCAGGAAUAAAUAUUCAUAAGACUGUUGCUGUUUAAUUAAAAACAAGGAUAUUCAACCGAAAAGCAAAGUACAAAGGAAAAAAAUUGUUCUGUAGUUAUAUUAUAAAUACAGAGAAACAGAAUUUUAUUAAUGUCAAUAAAUGACUAUAAAUAUAACCUAAAAAAUUGCAAUAAUAUACAGUAGUAAUAAACACAUGUAUCAUCAUCAUGUCCUUCUUUUCAAACGAAUGCUUUAUCUGUAAAUCCACAGAAACCCUAAAAAUAUGCGGUAGUUGUAAUAUGAUCUCAUACUGUGGAUCAAAACACCAAAAGCUCGAUUGGUCCAAUCAUAAAGAAUUUUGUAACGCAAUUUUUUUUGUACUCAAAGAAACCGGAACAUCACACAUUUACGAAAAACAACUGAAUUCAGAUUUAGAAACAUGGAUCAAAGAACGCGAGCAAAUGUCCCAAUUGAUAGAAACCUUACUCGGUCGUCCUCUUCUCCUGCACGAAGAACAAAUAAUUUUAAUGCCAAGAUCAUGUUUCGUCUGCCAUAACACGCAGCAAGAAUCCUUAACAAAUUGCCCCAAUUGUAGAUGCGUGAAUUUUUGCGAAUUACAUCAAUCGAGUUCGGAACAUGACAAAGACUGUGAAUCAUUACAAUUGUUCAGGGACUUGGACGGCGAAGUUCAAGAUCCGAAUAAAUUACGAAUUAUACUGUCGAUUAUUAAAAGUAUCGUAGAGGUUACGUUUCGGGAAAAUAUUCCCGAAAGUAUGGAGGAAUAUUUGCGGGAAUAUAUUACAGGGGGUGAUGCAAUUUUGAUUCAGAGUUGUGCAUCAAACAUGCUGAGUAUGCCCUUGACUCUUUAUAACGCGGUGAGGAAAUUAAAUCUCGAGGGUGCUAAGGAAUUAACCCUACAUGUUCGUUGCGAAUUACCAGAUUCGGAUAUUUGGGAGCUGCUGCUUCACUUUCUGCCGAAUUUGCUUUUUUUGAGGAUAAUAUUCGUUGAUCAGCCGGAAGCGAGUAAGAUGAAAAUGAAACUUUGCAGUGAAUGUUGCGAGGGGGAGAAGAAGUUAAUUUUACAAACCAAGGAUCUUGCUUAUGAGAAAUUCGUCGAGGAUGAAUUGUUCACGAAACCGGAUCUAAUUGCCCUGAUGCCGGUCGAAGGGAACGAGGAUAACGAGUGGGAAAAUUUACGGGAGGUUAUCAGUAGGGUGGGAUGUCCUUUGGUAUUAACUUGCGUUACCGAAAGUAAAGCGAAAAAAGUUGGGGCGAGUUUGAAAACAACCUUCUUCACGAACUUGAGAUACGAAGGUUUGAAUUGUUUCGGUGCCUUGGAACCUUUACGCGAAUGGACGAACUACGGAAUUGGGAAGAUAAAUCAGUACCUAAUAAUCGCUGAGGGACGAAACGAGAAAUGUCGCGCGAAACACUUUCCCAAUCAGUCGCCCCUUUUACUUAAAAAAGAAGCCGGGGAAUUUUGGAAUCAACAGCAUUUUUUCUUCUCCCAUAUUUGUCGCGCCUGUAGAGCGAAAUCUUCCAUUAUUACCUGUAGAUACUGUCAGAUGGUUUUCUACUGUUCCGAAGUCCAUCGAAGGGAAGAUUGGUAUCUACACAAGGAUCUUUGUAAAUUAAUACAGAAAUUACUUCUCGCUUCGGGGAGAAGAAGUAUUUUCGCCGGCGAACUUGAUCUGAUGAACUGCCAAAAGGUCGAUCCGGAAAAAUGGUUGGAGGCAAAACUGAGUAUUUUAGCGAAAGUCGAAAGCGAAUUUGAUCGGGAACUUUUGCUAUUCGAGCAGCAAAUGUUUUUAUUCCCAAAAACUUGUUUCGCGUGUCAUGAAAGCGAUUUACAAAAGCUCUUUAUUUGUAGAUGUGGAACCACACUUUGUAAGACGCAUAAGGACUUUCGGGGUCAUAAGACAAUUUGCAGUGAUUUGUACCUUUGUUACUUGCUGCAUGAGAACGAGGAAGUUGUACAACUACCGGAAUUUCAGUUUGUUACGGGAUUUGAUAAUAAACUGCCAGACUCGAUGCAGAAAUUUCUAACCGAUUGGAUAGUUUGUCAAAAUGAUCGUCCGUUUAGUAGCAUUGAGAAAAUAUUGAUUGGCGAACUGUUGACGAGACCAUUGACACUUUUGUUUGCUUUGGAGAAAUUACAGUUGGAAUUCACAUCGAUGGUUGUUCACGUGAUUGGUGCACAUAAUUCGAAGCACGCCGGUGAAGAAUUUUGGAACAUUCUCUUUGUUUGGUUGAAAAAAUUAAAGAACGUUUCGAUCAUCUACUUGGGAGUGGGAACAAAAAGUUUAAAUUCUAGUUCGAAUUCGUUGCGGCUAAGAUCAUAUCCCUUGACGUAUGGAGAGUUUUCAAUGGGGAAAUUUUUCAAUAAACCGGAUAUAAUAAUUGGUUAUGAUUUAGAUAUUCAUGAGUGUGAAUUAAAAGACUGUAGUUGUAUUAAUGACGUUUUGGCUGCUAAAAAAUUGGGAGUUCCAUUUAUUAUGACUUCGGGUACCAAAGAACGGGCUUGUGAUGAUAAUCGAAAGAUUUCGCGAAUGUUCGAAACACCAGUGGCACCGGAGUUUGCUUAUUUGAAUCCCUUCGCGUCUCUAGAACCCCUGAGGGAUUUUGAAACCGAAUGUUUACGAUAUCUGAAUAAGUGUGUUGUUAUUUAUCUGAAAUGGAAGUCGUCGAAGGAUGAGAAAAUCGAUAUUUUUCAGGCCGAUUUGUCCCGAAGUUAUGAGUUGGAGAAAAAAUUGGCUGAGUUGUUAUUCACGAAACCGAAGAAUGAGGAAGUUGAAAAGAAUGAAGUGCCGGAAGUAAACGAGGAAUGGGAAGAACCAAGAAGACCGAUUUCUAGCGUUUUUGCCGCAAGUUCAGAAUUGAAGUACCUACUGAAAGAUUGUGGAUUUAAGGAGAAUUCGUCUGUCAGAAGGAAACAGUUAGAGGAACCUGAUUUUCAAUUCGUUAAGUGUACGGCGAAGGAUCCUCCCAAAGAGAACAUCGAAACGAAUCAAAAGGAUUUUUUCAAGAUGGAGAACAUCGAAACGAAUAAAAAGGAGUUUUUCAUGAAAGGGACGAAUCAAAAGGAGUUUUUCAAGAAGGAGAACAUCGAAACGAAUCAAAAGGAGUUUUUCAAGAAAGAAAAUAUCGAAACGAAUCAAAAGGAUUUUUUCAAGAAAGAAAAAAUCGAAACGACUCCAACUGACAUAGAUGAGAAAUGUUGCGAAAUAUUCGAAAGUCUGCUAGGAAGUUCAAACACCGAGAACGAUGAGGAGGCAGACGACGUUCAGAUUUACGAAAGUUUCGAAGAUGUCGAAGUAAAGGAGGAAAUUAAUCAACAAGAAAUUUCAACAAAUGGAGAAACCGAAAAUUCUGAUAGAAAAUUGACCAAAAUAACCGAGGAGGACAUUGGUGAGACAAAGUUAAGAAAUGAAGAAUCGAAAGCAUCUGUUGAAGAUUCUCGAAAAGAUUCCGUAUUCAGUGGAUUAAUGAAGAACUUAUUCAAAAUGAAAACGGAACUUGCUGCAGAAAAUAAGAAUCGAAGUGAUUUCGAAGAAAGUUUUAAAAGUGAAAAUGCGGAUGAUUCAAAGGAUUCAUUAACUUCGGGAAAUUUACCAAUUAGGAAAGAGGAGAUAAAAUCGGAGACUAGAACUGAAAAACUACGGCGAAAUCCUUUCUUUAAUGUUACCAAUGCAAAUGCGGAACUAAAAAGUAUGUUGGCGAAUUUUAAGAGCAGUUCUACUUCGAAUUCGAUUUCGAUUUCGGGAAAUGAAAAACGGGGAGUUGAAACGGAAAAUUUGGAAGCUGAAAGUGAACCUAAGAAAUCGGAGAGUGGAAUAUUUACAAAUACGAAAAGCCUCCAGGAAUCUAAAACAUCAGAGAAUGGAACAUUUAAAACUACGAAAAGAUUCGAAGACUAUUUCCGGAAUUUAGAAGCGGAAAGUGAAGCUAAGAAAUCGGGGAAUGGAAUAUUUGGAAUUACGAAGACCCUUGAUGACGAUUUGAAGAAUUUCGAAGCUGAAAGUGAACCAAAAAAUUCGGAGAAUGGAACAUUUAUAACUACGAAAAGCCUAGAGGACGAUUUAAAGAAUUUAGAAGCUAAAAGUGAACCUAAAAAAUCGGAGAAGGGAACAUUUGAAAUUACGAAGACGCCCGAAGAAGAUUUGAAGAAUUUAGAAGCGGAAAGUGAACCUAAAAAAUCGGAGAAUGGAACAUUUGAAGUUACGAAGACGCCCGAAGAGGAUUUGAAGAAUUCAGAAGCGGAAAGUGAACCUAAGAAAUCGUCGAAUGGAACAUUUGUAACUACGAAAAGAUUCGAAGACUAUUUUAGGAAUUUAAAAGCGAAAAGUGAACCUAAGAAGUCGGUGAAUGGAACUUUUGGAAUUGCGAAAACGCCCGAAGAAGAUUUGAAGAAUUUAGACGCGGAAAGUGAACCUAAAACAUCGGAGAAGGGAACAUUUGAAAUUGCGAAGACGGCCGAAGAAGAUUUGAAGAAUUUAGAAGCGGAAAGUGACCCUAAAAAAUCAGAGGAUGGUACGUUUGAAAUUACGAAGACGCCCGAAGAAGUUUUGAAGAAUUUAGAAGUGGAAAUUGAACCUAAAAAUCCCGGAAAAUUUGCAAUUGCGAAAGAACUCGUAGGCGGUUCAAUGGAUUUAAAAUUAGAAACAAAAGUUCCGAAUUCAGAAAAUAAAAACGGAAUUUCGGAAAUUGAAGACGAAUUGCAGACUUUAGGAACUGAUAAAGACGCUGAUGCUGAUGAUGAUGGAAAUUUGAAAGAAGCGAAUAAUCUUCAGAAGGAAUUACUAGAAACUUCGACAGAAUUUAGAUGCCAAAAAAUAGAUGAUUCCUUAAACAAAGAACCAAAUCCAUCGGAUGUUAAGAAUUCCCAACCACUUUCCGUUUUUCAGGGUCUUUUGGUGAAUUUAAAGAAACUUCAAACAGAAAGUCCAAUCAAAGUGGAAACUAAAACAGAAGAAUCAAGAUUUAAACCAAAAGAAACUAAUUCCGAGACUAGUUCGGGUCCUAAACUUUCGAAUGAAGAAAAUUCAGAUUUUAAAAAUGAAGAAAAAACUCUUGAAUCCAAAAUGCGGAAUUUAAAAAUUGAAGAUCUUGCGGAUCAUGUUAGUGACGAUACAAAUAAAAACAUCGAAGAGCAAAUGAAAAAUGUGCAAAACCUCGAAGAAGAAAAUAUAAUUCCAGUUGAUGAAAACCCAACUUUGGAUACGGAACUUGCGAACUUUUCAAAAGUAGAAAAAGAAUCUUCAAUCCUAGAAGAUAAUUCUGAACAAAAUUCUUUACUGGAAGUUAAAACUUUGACUUUUGAAAUGGACGAUGAUAAAAAUAAACUUGUGAAGGGUUCGAGGGAAAAUCUAACUGAAAAAUUCGAAUCAGAAGAAUUGGGAGAUGAAAAAAAUGUUUCUGAAAUUUCGACUGGGAAAAAAGAAGAGGAACUUUGUAAAACUAACCAAAUUGUAGGGGAAACUUUAUCGAAAGCUACCGAAGAAAAAGUGAAUCAAGAAAUUUCCAGGGAAACUUCGUCUGAAUGUUUAACACCAAAAGUCGAAAAAUCAUCAGAAGAUAAAAAAACUGAAUCCAUGAGUUGUAAUUUUGAAACUGAAAAUACACCGAACGAAAAGUGUUUCGAAAUUGAAUUAAAGAACCAGACUUCGGAAAUUUUUCCCCAAACUUCCGAAGUUUUAAUUAAAAUUCCAAAUAUUGGGGAAGUUUUGAGUAAAACUGACAUUAAAUUUCCACAAAUGGAAAAUAUGGCCACAAACGAAACUAAAGAUUCUGAAUUAAUAUCAUCAUCAUCGGAUGGAACCAAAUCGAAUCAAACCGAUUCAUCAGAUUCGCCACUAAACGUCGAUUUAUAUCGUGAAAUUUUACUAUUAAAAGAAGAAAUCAAACGACUCAAGGAAAACGAGACAAAAAUCCAAUGCGAGAAUUUGCGACUUAAAGAAGAAGUGAAUAAUAUUCGAGAGGAAAGAAAAUUUUUAUAAGGAAAAAUAAAAAUAAAAAAUAAUUUUCGAAUACAGAGAAAAAACAUGACUGUGAUGAAUAUAGGGAAAAAGUUUAUUUUAUUUUUUUAUACAGAUAUUCUUAAAAUAUAAAAAUUUUUUAAGAAUCAGAAUUUAGUUUUAGUUUAAAAUACAAAAGAAAAAGAACUAUUUUCAUCUUCAAUUACUAU